AUGGCCAAGGGACAGAAAGCAUGUUCGUGGAACGUUGGGAUGAGCAACCUGGGAGUCAAUGCUCGCUGUUUUCUCGCAAGAUACUCGCCCAAAAACAUCGAUUCCCCGUUCACCAGGAGGAUGAGACUGACCAAGCCCAUCAUGGACCCAAAAUUCGACCAUAUGCUCGAAACCAGAGAGAAAGACAUCAUAUGGACAUCUAUUUCCCUCGGCAGCCCCGCUGAUACUGCAUCGGUUGCCCGUUCGUUUUACGCACGACAGUUCAAGUCCGCCUUCUGCGAAGCCUUGGAGAGCCGCGGAUACGACAAGGACGGGAGACGGCUCGUCCUUGACUCAGAAGGGAAGGUUAUUGGGAAGAGCAAACCGGGCCUGUCGUGUACAAUCCAGAUCAUCUUGAACCCGCCGAUUAAACAUGCCGAACGGGAGGAGCUUGUCAAGGAAGCUGGAGUUCUAGUUCAGGAGCUGGAGAGAUUGCAGGAGAAGCCGUGGCUGCUUCACGAAGGACGCCAGGCAGCGAAACUACGCAAUACACGGAAGACCUAG